AUGACAACGUCGUCUCUCGCUCUGAUCUACCUUCUCCCGCUUCUUGCUUCUCUGGGAGAGGCUAGGCCAAUCUCGCGCGGUGCAGUGCACAAAAGAGAAGUGCCACAGGAGCUCUCACACAAGCGCUUCUUGACAGCCGUGCAGACGUCUCUUCAGGCCAACAAUCCAGAUAACAUCGUGGACCCAGUCUUUGGUCUGCUCGGAGACGCUGCGGCAAGUCAAGGUGCUGGAUCUAUCACCGACCUAGCAUGUCUUCAACAAGCUACUGCAGAUCAAGCGUUUAUCAAUGCGAAAGCUGCUGGUGAUGUUGAUGGAAUGACAAAUGCUUUGAUCUACAGAGCGUUGGAGAGGAAUACUGGCAAGGUUGGCCUGGCUAGUGCCAUCUGCACUCAGACACCCGUCAACCCAGAGAUAGGUGCGGUCACUCAACACCAGGACCCCGCCUCGAACGGAGCAGCAGCCACCAACAAGGCCAUCACUCUUGCUCUGGCACAACAGAUCGCUUCAGUUGGCGGUGACCCUCAGCUUGCACUCCAAUCAGGCACCUUCACCCCAGGAGACGUGACGGACCCUACCGGGGCCGGAAACACUUGCGAUACUGAAGACUGCAUAUUCGAGCAGAAUCGACUGGUCGAGGACGCAUCCCCUGCUGAGAUCGACGCCGCUGUCGCUGGCAGCGGAGGAACUGCAGGUACAACAGCUAGCGGUGAUGCAGGCAAUUCUGCCGGGGGCAAUGGCGAUAAUGGAGCGGCUACUGUUAUGGGCAGCGCCAACGCUGCAAUGGGAGGCGACAAUACCGCUGCCACAGAAGCCAACGCUGGCGUUGCUACUGAAGGCGCUGCUGCCGGUGGCGCUGUCACAGUCACGAACAACGCGGCAGCUGCUGGAAUCGAUGUCGGUCAAUGUACGGAUUUCAGGAUGACCUUCGCUGCUGGCCUUGAGAACCGAGGAGCAGAUGAGUUUACCUUCAUCCCAACCGAUCAGACCAACUUCAAGCAUGGAUCGGCAAAGAACCCAAAGAUCAUCUCUCAGUUCAUGUGCGACACCUUUGUCAACGCUUGCGGCAAGUCGAAAGCGACGCAAGCUGCUUGCGACACUGUAAAGACCACGAUCGAUGGACAGCUGGACUCUGGCGCCCUGACUGCUGAUCAGUCGUAUGCCGAUGCUUGGUUGUCAGGGCUCGAACAAGCCUUUGGUGUCCAGUCGACUGGGUCAGGCGGCGCCACUGGAGGCGCCAAUGCAGGUGCAGCUGUGGGAGCUGCCGACGAUGCUGCUCCAGGAGCCGGAGGUACCACUGCGGAUGCGGGGAAUGCUGCACAAGCUGGGACUGGCAAUACAGGCAAUGCUGGUUCUGAUCGCCCGAACAACAACGCCAAUGGAGCUGAGCAGAACGGUAACGGCAACAACAACGCGGCUUCUGAGGGAUCAGCAGCUGUAAGUGCCGGAGGCAAUGUCCAGACCUUUGGUGGAGCUCUGAACGGAGCUUCUGCUCCAGCUGUGAUUCAAAAUACUUCCUCGAACCGACCCUUCUUCGUUGGAGGCGAUACCUUUGUGAACAAGGGUGCGGCGAUCCAACGAUCAUGCGACCAACAGGCUAACGCUUGUGCCAACGCAUUCAACAGUGGCUCUGGGACUGCUCCAGUCAGCGAAUGCAAUGCCCAGCGGCAGCAAUGUGUUGCAGCUGGUGGAGCAUGAGACGACUGAUGGGCUACGUGUCACCGUUGAGCGGGGACAAGAGAAUGUAAAAUAGUUCACUCAUGCAAUUCCUCCAUCUGACGCCGCGACGAAAGCGGAUGAAAAUCAUUCGCG